AUGACAACAAUAACUAAUUAUGUCAAGGGUAACUUCUUAAUUACUGAAUAACAAGAAUAGAAAUAGUUAUGCAUAUUUGAGAGUGAGUACUAUAACGAAAGCGUAUGCUCAUAACUAUUUAGUCAUUCCUUAUAAUUAAAUUUGGAAGCAAAAGAAAGAAAUCUGAUUCUUAUAGAUUUUGGAUUGCAAUGGAUGAGCGAAUUCGAAAAGCUAGACAAAUAAAUUAAUUUAGAUUCAGGAAAGGCUGUAUAAAUAGGAGAAAAUAAAUAUGGUUUAUUUUUCUUUGACUCUUUAUGCACAUAAAAAAAUGAUUUUGCCUUUAGUCUUAAAGAGGAAUCUUUAAAGAAGGUUAUUGAAUGCCUUGGAUAAAUAAAAAAGCAUUUAAAUGGUAAACCAACAAUUUUGUUUAUGAGAGGACUUGAAGUUUUAGAAAUGUAUUACUAAAAGGAAGACAUUUCUCUUUUUGUAGCAGAAUUAUAAUAGACAAAUGACUUGAUAAAGUAAGUAAAUUUGAUUGUCCGUAAAAGUUUGAUAUCAAAUAAAUUAGAAGAAGCUUUGACUUCUUUAGCUACUUGCAAGAUAUUCUUUGAUUAUCCCUACGAAUAAAUUAAAAAUGAAGUCCAUACUUAAUUUUUUAUGUUAAAGCUAACUUUAAGAAAGUUUAAUGGAUACUCUUUUAUUCAGAGAUAUAAAUUCAACUUAACAGAAAUGAAAAAAAAUAAGCUAGAUAUCAAAAAGUUUGAUCCUAAGGUAGAAGAGGAUGUUCCUGGUCCAAGCGAAUAGGAUAUCUAAAAAAUGUUUUAGGCUUCAUUCAAUCUUUCUAUUUCAGAAUCAUAAAAGAAGGCCAGAUAAUAGUUAGAGGAAGCUAUUAUGCCUCAUUUACAAUAAAAAAAAUUAGAAAAAUGGGAUAAUUGUGCAGAGAAAGUUAAAAAUAAAAUGGAUGAUUUAAUUGAACUAGAAGGAUCAGAUGUAGAUUAGGAGUAAGAAGAAGACGAUGACUUUGAUGUUUGA